UAAAUGCCAUUUCACAGAAAAAAAUGACAAUCACACUGAUCUGAAAACUUACAAAGGCACUCAGGUGAUAUAAUAUCAUAAGAAAAUGGCUGUGGCUGAUUGGAAUUAAUGUUAAACCUAUACAUGAUAAGAAGUAUGUCAGGGAGCUAAAUUGCCACAUUGAUAUUGAAGAAGUUGUAUAAGUAAUAAUAACAAAAAAGUCGAAAAAUGGCGGACAACUUUCAUGACAUCCUUUAUGAAAUUAUAAAUGGUUUACAAGAUGGAAUAUUAGGAACUCUGAAGAUUCAAAAACUUGGAAAAGCAGAGAGUGAAGAGACUUUGAGGAAGGAUCCAGAGCCCAUGACAACAUUGGCAAGGAGGAGAGCAGAGCGCAAAAAAGAUGAAGUGCAGCACAAAAAGAAGGAGCCAAAGAUCAUACAAAGGAUUGUUUUGUGUUGUGCAUGGAAUGGUGGUAUCUCUUUGAUGAGCAUCCUGUUGUUCAACCACUUGUUGUUGCCAGUUGUUCAGUUGAUCAUUGCUGGUAUCUUCGGAGGGUCGGGGAGCAAUAGUGUAUGGAAUUGGAUUGGACCAAUUCUCUCAUGGACCUUCAGUGCCCUCUGGAUCUUGCCUAUAUUUGUCCUCAGCAAGGUCGUCAAUAGUCUUUGGUAUCAGGAUAUUGCUGAUGCUGCCUACUUUCAAUACAGAGGAAAACCUAAGCAGUUCAACAUCAGCAGUCUUAUAGCAGACAUCAGUUUCAGUGUGCUGCUUCAGGCUUUAUUCCUCAUACAGGGUACACUGUUCAUGUUCCUGCCAAUUCCUGCUGUAGGACAAAUUAUUGGACACAUUCAUAUGGCUCUUCUCUACUCACUAUACGCUUUCGAGUACAAGUGGCUAAAUAUGGGUUGGGAGGUACACAAACGGUUGAGCCACAUUGAGAACUGCUGGCCGUAUUUCUUUGGCUUUGGUCUUCCUAUGGCAGUGUUGACUUCUCUUCAUCCCUCGGUUGUCAUCAGUGGAUGCAUAUUUUCCAUUUUAUUUCCUGUGUUCAUCAUUAGUGCGAACGAGGCCAGUGAACCAAAAAGGAUUUGUUCGUUUCCUCUGAAGGUAUUUGCUCCUGUUGUUGCCCUGUCUAAUGCCAUAUUUCGCCGUGCCACUGUGGGCAGUACAAAUAUUUCAUCAGGACAAUCCAAACCGGGGGUGCCACCUACUGGUAAACCAAGGAAACGUGUUGGGAUAUCCCAAUACAGCCAAGAGUGCAGCUGAUGAUUUACUUUUUUAAAUGUUUUUUAUUCUCAAUGAUAUUUGAAAGCAGAAACCAUUCAUACCCAUUAUGAAUCCUGUGCAGUAAUUACACUGGAAGUCUUCUGUGUGUAGAUGUAUGGAAAACACGUGUUGAGGUGACCCUCAUAUUCCUGAUUUGAUAUCGUAACAGAGGUGAUCAUGAUUUAUUUCAGUGCCUCUACCAGGGAUCGAACCUGGGACCUCUGGCUUACUAGUGUUAUGCUCAAACAAUAGAGCUAAAACUGUGGUUAGAAUUUGCUAUUGUAACAAAGCAUAUAAGUGUGUGAUUCAUUCUGAAUAAUUAUGACAUGAGAUACACCGUUUCUAGGAAGCCUUUAUAUUCUUGCAUACAAAAUGACUUGUUGUUGAAGAAUUAGACAAGAAAUGUAUUUGGAGAUUUUUACUAGUUUUGCUGUCAAUACAAUUUUUAGGUCAUCUGACCAAAGGGUCUGAUGACCUAUUGCGAUUGCCUUUUGUUCGGCGGCGUCCGUCGUAAAUAUUUUCAACUUCUUCUCAAGUUCUACAUGUCUCAUUGAGCUGAAACUUAUCUGAAAUGAUCAUGACAUGAUCCUGACCAAAAUUUGUUAAUUUUGGGUUGGUCCGAAAUCCAACAUGGCUGCCAUCUUGAAAAAACAUUUUCAACUUCUUCUCAAGUUCAAAACUUGAAAUGUUGUAUUUUAUGUCAGAUGACCGUUAAGGCCCAUGGGCCUCUUGUUCAACUGUAACUGUAUACUGGUAUAGAUAGUGCUACCAAUUGGAAAUUUAGGGUUGUUGCAACACUCUCUCCUUCCCUGAUUGUAUCAUGUACUGUUAGCUAUAAUUUAUUUCAUAACUGUUUUUGAGACAUGAUGAUGUCGUGAUAUGUUUGUACCUUCUCUUAAAUUUGUGUGAAAAUAAAUAUUUCAUGAUUUAUAAAUGUAAUGCAGUAUUAAAAUACUAUUUACAGGCA